AUGCCUCGUCCUGGAACGGCUGCGGAAACAUAUGUCGCGUACGGCAUGACACAGAAAUUAUUUGAGGUUUGUUCUAGUCAAGCCGACUACAGCAUUCCUCAAUUAUCCCAGAAAGGGGCUCAAGUUCCCAAAACUGAAGCCGGGGAGGACCUCGGAGUUGGGGAGGGGUGGUGGUACGAAGAUUUGGGAUUGGUUCCAACCUUCUCGACUUGGUCGCAGGUUACGUUUCUGCACAUGUACCUUCUCACCGUCCGAUUGCGCGCUUUGCCGUCACAUGAAAGCCUGCAAACGUACUCCCGGCACUUGAUAGACCACUUCUCACAUAAUGCGGAGCAUCGCAUGGAUGUUCUUCAUGGUCUGACAAGUCGCGCUAUCCGGAACAAGUUUCUCAAAGAUCUUUUUAUUCAAUGGCGAGGCGUCCUUGCUGCAUACGACGAAGGCCUGGUGAAAGGUGACGCCGUGCUAGGAGCUGCUGUGUGGAGAAAUCUCUGGAAGGCAAGCCACACCGGGCCGCAGGGUGAAGAUAUGGAUUGGACUAAGGUGGCACGGGUUGUUGCAUAUAUGCGCCGCGUUAUAUCGGAACUCUCCCAAAUUAAUGAGGCCGAUCUAAUUCUACAUAUCGGCUCCAGGCCCGGUGGAAAGCCCGGCAUCUUUGGUUAUUCGGAAUUGGAUAAGCAGUUAGUCGAUGGGAAGCGAUGA